AUAUUGCUGUAUUCAGCGUGACAGGUUAUCUAGAUCGUAAUUUAAUCAGGAGCCCUACCUUCCCUCAAAUUCAAAACCCUAAUUUACGAAACUUCAGCCUUUGUGCUUCGGUGCGAUCUCCAAUUUCAUCGGAGGGGAUAUAAUUUACAGUUCUCAGGAAAAUGAGCAGCCGUAGUACAAGCAGAACUCUCUAUGUUGGGAAUCUGCCUGGUGAUAUACGCGAGAGAGAGGUCGAAGAUUUGUUUUUGAAGUAUGGACGCAUAGCCCAUAUUGACUUGAAGGUUCCCCCAAGGCCUCCUGGUUAUGCAUUUGUUGAGUUUGAAGAUGCUCGUGAUGCUGAAGAUGCACUUCGUGGUCGUGAUGGCUAUGAUUUUGAUGGUCAUCGUUUACGGGUUGAACUUGCACAUGGAGGGCGUGGACAUUCAUCUUCGUCAGAUCGUCAUAGUAAUUAUAGUGGUGGUCGAGGUGGGCGUGGGAUGUCCAGGCGCUCAGAUUUUCGUGUGUUAGUCAGUGGACUACCCUCUUCAGCUUCAUGGCAAGAUCUUAAGGAUCACAUGCGACGGGCUGGAGAUGUCUGUUUUUCCCAAGUUUUUCGUGAUGGUAGUGGCACAACAGGGAUUGUGGAUUACACUAACUUUGACGACAUGAAGUAUGCGAUCAAAAAGCUUGAUGGCUCUGAGUUCCGGAAUGCCUUUUCUCGCUCUUCUGUUCGUGUGAGGGAGUAUGAUUCGAAGCGGGACUCAUCUAGGAGCCCUAGUCGUGGUAGAUCUCAUUCAAGAGGCAGGAGCUACAGUCGUAGUCGAAGUUAUAGCCGGAGCAGAAGCAGGAGCAAGUCUCCGAAAACCAAAUCUUCACGCCGCUCACCUGCUAGAUCUCGAUCGAGGUCUGCUUCUCCGCUUCGCUCGCGAUCAAGAUCUCGCUCUCCGUUAGGAUAUGGAUAUAUGCGGCGAACUGGGGAUUGGAUAUUAGGAUCUUGAUUGGAUAUGGUCAAUUGCUUGCAACUCUUUUUCUGUGGAGAUUGGGAACAAUGGAGGUCUUGGAUUGCACUAGUAAAGCUGGAUAUCUGUGAACUAAGUGCCAUUGGGAUUUGGAAGUCAUCAUCAAUGAGCAUUUGAUUUUCAUUUCCUGCUCCAACAUAUUGCCAAGCUAAUAGGGCGCACUAUCUGGAUAUCCUGGAUUCUUGUGUUACAGUAGGGAAGAAUGCUCCUCUUGUUUCCACUGGUGUCUAAUAAUAAUCAUAAUGUAUUUUUUUUCAUAUAUAUUUUUGCCUCUGAUUUUGUUCUGUUUUAGCGGGGAUUACAUUAAUUGUUUUAUUCUGUUUUUCUUCUUUCUAUUCAUAUGCUGAGUGUUUAAACCUUUUUCUUCUAUCCUUAUUGGAUAUGGUAACUUCACAUGGAAGAGGCAUCAAGGACCUUGGACCAAAUUGGUAAAAGGAACAUGGUUAUUAAAUUGGGUUGUUUCUGGAACUUUUGCAGAUCACGAUCAAGAAGCAGAUCUCCACUGCCUUCG